CUGAGAGACGACUUACGCGUAUUGCGCGCGCGAGAAAGUUCGAAAUUCGAAUCGAAAAAUCGGCGACAAAGUACGCCAUUUUGAAAAAUUCGUGACCAAUAUAAAUUUUUUAGACCGUGUAUAUUCGAUUUCAUUGAUUUUUUUAUUUAAUUAUCUGUGUGUGGAUUGUGUGAAUCGCUAGUGACUUUCUCGUUUAACACAUGUUUUGCAGGAUGACUAACACACGUAAUAUCAAGGUCUGGAUCUGCAUGGUCUGCAUGGCUACCUCAAUGGCGGCCCCAGCUCAGAGAACUAUGGAGCUAGACAUUAUUGACAUGGCCGCGAUCAGUAGGAUGUCACCUCAGCAGCUGGAAGUACUUGCUGAAGGCUUGGCGGCUGAAGAGAUCAUGAGAACAAAAAGAUCAUCAGCCCAAGCGCUCACAUCAGCAGUAGUAUCCAAAGCAUCCUCAGGAUUGCAGAGUAAAGUAGGUCUUUUGGGACAAGCAUCAGCUGGUGCCGCCUCCUUCAUUGCGUCGGCAUCUAGCAAGAAUGGUCACUCUGAACACGAAACUGGAUAUUCUUAUGAACCCCACAGCGAAAAAGUGGACUACUGGGGCUUAAAGAAAUCAAUCCUGUACACACUUUUCCAAGCCGUGAAAGCCAUUACUGGCGGAGUGACCAUCCUGAAGGGCCAGCUCAUCAAGGGAGGAGGAGCCCUAGCUGCCACAUUGGGCAAGGUCAUAUCCUCGAAGGGAGACGUUGUCAGCAACAUCGGGAAGAAGAUCGUUAGCUCAGCUGCUUUGAGUCCGAAGAAACCAAUUUCUACAGCGGUAUACGGUCCACCUCCCACACACAUCGAGUAUGGUCCACCGAGCUCGUACGGUGCUACUGCGCCUGCGCAUUACGCACACACGGGGCCUUCUGCGCCGACUGGAUUCGCUGCACACAAAUACCCUUCACAGUUAGAUGAGGUUCCUUUCUACGGCGCCGCGAUCAACGCUGAACAAUUGCAACACUACCCGGUGUAGUCGUGUAAAUAGGCUUUAAUUUAUUACUCAUAGGACUCCCACAGACUACAGACUAGCUUUAGUAGUUUAUUAUGGUACCGCCAGAUGCUUGUGACAUACAGUAAGCAUCAGCAAACACCACCUAUGUCUUGCCUGCCAAUCGGAUCACUCCCAAGCAUUGGCAAGCAUACGCAAAUACCCGUCCACACGCAUGCUGUUUGCUGUUUGCCGCCGGCAUCUGGCACUAGAAUAGCGUUGUCGUCAAAUAGCGGCUAUUCAAUAGGAUCGAAUGACGUUACUGAAACUGUUAUAACUCAAAAUUUAAAAACCCCCGACACAAAAACCUCUACAAGAAA